ACUAACUCUGCAGAAACAACUCGACCUCUUUUCUUUUUUUUUUUUUUGCCUUCGUCUCGUCCAGUAAUAGUGGUUAUACAUCUUCUCUCUUUUAUACCGAGUAUAAUACUCUCCUUUCCCCGUUUAUGUCUUUGCGCACCGCAUUCUCUCAAACACAGGUUGUCCGCAGCCGUCUGGCCAAAAUGGCUUCACAACUCCCCAACUUAGACACAUCCACCAACCUAUCAUCCCUAGCAGAUCUCCCCAGAUCAAAUGUAUUCACCUCAAAACUUCCCCCCGAUCCGGCUUUUGAGACCCCGGAAACCUCUCACAAGGCCCCGAGGCAAACGCUCGGUCCGCGCAUGGUAAAGGGCGCCCUCUACACUUUCGUCCGGCCCGAACCAACUGAGGAUCCCGAGCUUUUGAGUGUAAGCCCCAAAGCAAUGGCGGACCUGGGUCUGAAGCCUGGGGAGGAAUCUACCGCUCAAUUUAAGGCCCUUGUCUCCGGAAAUGAGAUCUUCUGGUCCGAGGAAAGUGGAGGGAUUUAUCCGUGGGCCCAGUGCUACGGAGGCUGGCAAUUUGGUGUGUGGGCUGGACAACUUGGGGAUGGCCGUGCAAUCAGUCUCUUUGAAAGCACAAACCCAAAGACAAAUAUUCGGUACGAAGUACAACUCAAGGGUGCUGGCAAGACACCCUAUUCCCGCUUUGCGGAUGGAAAGGCCGUGCUGCGAUCCAGCAUUCGUGAAUAUGUCGUAUCAGAAGCUCUUUCUGCGCUCGGUAUCCCCACUACUCGAGCACUAUCCCUAACUCUAUUACCGAAGUCGAAAGUCUUGCGUGAGCGGAUUGAACCUGGUGCUAUUGUCGCGCGUUUCGCCGAAUCCUGGCUCAGAAUUGGAACUUUCGACCUUCCGCACUCUCGAGGAGACCGAGACUUGAUUCGGAAACUGGCCACCUAUGUUGCUGAAGAAGUCUUCGGGGGGUGGGAGGCGCUACCGGGAGCAGUCUCAGUAGUAGGUAAGGAUGAACCCGCCGACGCUGUCAAAAAUCCUGCUCGGGGUAUUCCAUCGGAGACAAUACAGGAACACCAAGGGGUAGAAGAAAACCGAUUCGCAAGGCUUUAUCGAGAAAUUGCCCGCCGCAAUGCAAAGACGGUGGCUGCAUGGCAAGCAUAUGGCUUUAUGAAUGGCGUUCUCAACACGGACAACACAUCUAUAUAUGGACUUUCGCUUGAUUAUGGCCCGUUCGCUUUCAUGGACAAUUUUGACCCGCAUUACACUCCAAACCACGAUGAUCACAUGCUAAGAUACUCGUACAAAAAUCAGCCCUCGGUUAUCUGGUGGAACUUGGUGAGACUGGGGGAAAGCCUUGGGGAACUCAUCGGCGCAGGCGACCUAGUCGACGAAGAAACCUUCGUACAAAAAGGGGUGAAAGAAGAAGCAGCUCCAGCCCUCGUCAAACGCGCAGAGACCAUCAUUGAGAGAACCGGUGAUGAAUUCCGGGCGGUAUUCCUGAACGAAUACAAGCGCCUGAUGAGCAAGAGACUAGGCCUCCAAACCCAAAGGGAAUCCGAUUUCCAAGAACUCUUCUCCCAAAUCCUGGACACCUUGGAAGCUCUCGAACUCGACUUCAACCACUUCUUCAGGAGACUCUCGAGUGUCUCGCUUGCCGACCUCGCAACAGAAGAAGGGAGAAAGAACGCAGCAGCUAGGUUCUUCCACGCCGAAGGCUUCACCGGAAUCGGAUACACGGAGGAUUCUGCAAAGGAACGCAUCGCAAAAUGGCUGGAGAGCUGGAGACAGCGUAUCCUCGAAGACUGGGGUGCUGAUAACGACUCCAAGCGACAAAACGCUAUGAAAAAUGUUAAUCCAAAUUUCCUCCCUCGUGGCUGGAUUCUCGACGAAAUCAUCGACCGCGUAGAACGCCGCGGAGACCGCCAAAUCCUGGACCGGGUCAUGCAAAUGGCUCUGAACCCCUUUAAUGACGCAUGGGGCCUAAACAAUGAAGAAGAGGACCGGUUCUGCGGCGACGUUCCUCGAUUCAAGAGAGCCAUGAUGUGCAGUUGUAGCUCAUAGAUAGGAUAUGGAAUGUUGCAUACAUAGCCGGGGCCAGAGCAGCCAUCACAUCACAACCGUGUUGGAUUAUACAGUUGUUCAACUGUUACCGGCACUGUUAACAGCACCUACUUGUGUGUAUGUAUAUAUAUAUAUGUGUGUGUGUGUGUGUCUCAUGUCAUUCACUUGAGACCUAAUAAAUCAGAAUAUGUCCGCAUGCAUGGAUUGAG